AUGGAAUUUGAUGCACGACGACAAAUACAAAAGACCCUCGCACUGAUAAAACCAGAAGCAGUUGCGAAGGGAUAUGUAGAGGAAAUCAUGGAGCGAAUUAUUGAUGAGGGAUUUACAAUUUUGAGGUGGGACAAAAUGCAUUUAUCUGAGGAAAAGGUACAAAUGUUUUAUAGAGAGCACGAGGGAAAGGAAUUCUUUCCCACGUUAGUAGAAUACAUUUCUAGUGGACCAUUGAUCGUUUUAGUUUUGGCAAAAUACAAUGCUAUUCAAGCAUGGAGAGAAUUGAUUGGACCUACGGAUGUUGAAUUAGCGAAAAUAACAAAGCCAAGAUGUUUAAGAGCAUUGUAUGGAACCAACAAAACAUACAAUGCUUGUCAUGGUAGUUCCGAUCCUGAGAGUGCUCGGAGAGAAAUUAAAUUCUUCUACCCCAACAUAAACACUGACCCAAUACUCACAAAUAUUGAGGGAAAUACAUAUAUCCAGGACCAUCUUCAAUCCUAUCUCAUAGAAGGUUUAACAAAAUUAGCAAAAGAGAAACCAAAAAAUCCUGUCGAAUGGUUGGCACGAUGGAUUCUUGAUAACAAUCCAAACAAGCCUUUAGUAGAAGCAGUCGAAGAAUAA